CACGCCAAUCCCAUGUGAACGCUGUAGAUAUUUUAUUUACUCACGCUGCGUUAACGAAUUAUAACUGUCGGCAAGCUGUAGAACGCUUGUUAGCGUUUCGUUUCAUCGCCGUUAAUAAUUCAAUUAGUUGUCAUUGUUCACCAACACGUAACCAUGCGGUUUGUGAGCCUGAUUCUACUUUCGUUAUUAUUUAUCUGUUCCUAUGGUCAUAAUGAAUUUGAUGAGAGCGAUGAACUAGGUGUUGAUGCAGAACCAAAGGUGAUAGAAGAAUCAACUAAAGUACAUGUCGAAAAGAAAUAUUUUGUUCCACCUGUACUAAAAGGCGAUGCAUUCUUCACAGAAAUAUUUAAGUCACAAGACAAUCUAAAAACAAAGUGGGUGAUAUCACAGGCGAAGAAGGAUGGUGUAGAUGAAAAUAUAGCCAAGUAUGAUGGCAAGUGGGCUGUGGAGGAACCUGAUGAUAAUCUACUCGUAGGGGAUGUCGGUCUCGUGCUCAAGUCAAAGGCCAAGCAUCAUGCGAUUGCAGCCCCGCUUGAUAAGCCAUACGAAUUCAUCGGAAAUCCACUCGUAGUACAGUACGAGGUAAAGCUGCAAAAUGGACUGGAGUGUGGUGGCGCCUACAUAAAGCUCCUGAGCAAGUCCAACAAGCUGAAGUUGGAAGAGUUCAAUGACCAGACACCGUACACGAUCAUGUUCGGACCGGAUAAGUGCGGCAAUGAUGCAAAACUGCAUUUCAUCUUCAGGCACAUGAAUCCACUCACUGGGGAGUUCGAGGAAAAACAUGCAAAGAGGCCAUCAGUGAACAUUGACAAGCAGUUCUCGGAUAAGAAAACACACCUGUACACACUAGUACUAAAUUCCGACAACACAUUCCAAAUAUACGUCGACAACACACAGGUGAAUUCGGGAAGCCUUCUGGAAGAUUGCACUCCACCAGUGAAUCCCCCUGAGGAAAUUGAGGACCCCAGUGAAACAAAACCUGAGGACUGGGACGAGCGAGAGAAGAUCAGGGACCCCGAGGCAGUUAAGCCAGAUGAAUGGGAUGAGACUGAACCAGCGAAGAUCGAGGAUACCAGUGCCGUGAAACCCGCCGGCUGGCUGGACGAUGAAGAGGAGCUCCUUGCAGAUCCAGAAGCUGAGAAGCCAGAUGACUGGGAUGAGGAAAUGGAUGGAGAAUGGGAACCACCAAUGAUAUCUAAUCCCAACUGCAGUCCUGGCUGUGGGGAGUGGAAACCACCAAUGAUAGACAAUCCCAAGUACAAGGGCAAAUGGCAGUCACCACUCAUUGACAAUCCUGCCUACAAGGGAAAGUGGAAGCCACAAAUUAUCAAGAACCCAAAUUAUUUCUAUGAUGAGCACCCCUACAAAAUGCAGCCUAUCGCAGCGAUUGGAUUGGAACUCUGGUCAAUGACGGAUGGUAUAGUCUUUGAUAAUUUCAUCAUUACUGAUGCCAAGAGCACUGCUGAUGAGUGGGCUAAAGAUACCUUCAAUAUCAAACAAACUGAAGAAGAGGCAGAGGCUGCAAAGGAGGGCCUUAUAGCACAAUUGAUUGCAACUACAAAUGACCGUCCAUGGCUCUGGGCAGUAUACAUCAUUGUGAUUGUAUUGCCUUUGAUUCUCAUCAUCAUCUACUGCUGCUCCUCAUCAUCGAAGGAUCCGGCAGCAGACAAUAAGAAGACCGAUGAGUCAACCCCAGAUGGUCCAGAAGAGGAAGAAGAUGACGAAGAAGAGGAUGCUAAUGGAGAAGGAGAAGAUAACGAGGAGCCCGCGAAAGAGGAUGAGAAAGCCUCUCCCGAGGACGAGAAAGCCUCUCCUGAGGACGAAAGCACAAAAAAAUCUAGUAAAGGAAAAGCAGCUCUGGAAAAAGAAGAGGAGAAAGAAGAUGGAGCAGGUGACUCUCUCAGGACUUCUCCAAGGAGGCGGACAGCGAGGAAAGACUAGAUGAACAAGGAGGGCAAUUUUAACGUGAUACUGAAGUGUCUAGAUGAACACUUACACUGUCGUUGUCUCCUAUGGGUUGCGUGUGUCUGUGGUGUACGUAUGUGUGUGUGUGAGAAAUCAGGUGGCCAACCACCACUGCAGCAGUCAGUAUACAUGAGAAAUGUAACCUAAUUAUUGUGGACUUGCUGGUUUGAUGUAAAUUUACAUCAGAACUCAUAGUUAUUGCCACCACCAAUUCAUGAUUCUACCAGCCAUUGCACCUCUGCAGGAUACAUACUGUAUAAAUAUAUGUCUAUCCAGACUUGAGUUGUAUCACAUCACAUUUAGAGUUGUAAUAGAUUUUUUCAACGCUGGUCCAUUAUCAAAAUGGAGUUUAAGCCAUAACUGUGUUCCAUGUCUGCAAGUGCAGUUCUAAAAAGGCAUCAAUGUUUCUCACUGGUUAUUGCUGGUCUGAAGGUAAUGCACAGAGUUGAUUAUCGUACACGUUUCAUGUCACCUACCGUGAAUAAUUUGGUCAAUCAACAGAGCUUGGUGAACGUUGUUUCUGCAAGUACCUGUUCCAUCAUAGCUGCAGAAGACAAAAGUUUAAUUUUGUCCCGUGGCUGUUCCCUGGUUGUAAGAGACGAGAACAAGUUAGAACAAAUUAUUUUCACGCAGCAGCUUCAUUUGUUGUGGUGUUAGAUUUUAAUUUGUUUCCAGGUAGUAGCUUUUUCAGAAGCCUCGCGAGACCUGGCCCCUUCUUAAUCAUUUUAUACGUAUUUAUACGUUAGUUACAUGUUGUUCAAUCUGCAGAUUUCAGUGUUAUGCAAUCGAGAUGCAUAUAAAUUUCGUGAUGGAUGUACACUGAAUUAUUGAUGCAUGCACUGUUUUUCGACCAUUGAUAAUGAAAUGCCUUUUUGACACGAUACAGAUGAUACGUUUGUACUGCUUCACUCUACAUGCAGAUCAUCGUCGCUGUGUUGCUAUCUGGUUCGUCUAAUCUGUUGGUUGGUAAAGUGAAGCAAAGCAACUCUCGCCUCAGUGUUAGGUUUUCGCAAAUAUCUACUGACGAUAUACAUGUAAAUAAAGGACCUUGCUCGUUCUUGAACACGUGCAAGGCAGUACUUGCAGCAAGAAUUACCAUUCGUUAUUUAGACUUGACCAUGUUGAAAGCAUGGACGAGUUUGAAUAUAUGUAGACUAUGAUAGAUAUAUAGAUAUGUUAACUGGACCGAGGGUUAGAAUUUGUGUGCCCUGAAUUACAAACGACUGUGAAUCGCCCGUAAUGCGUGCUGUAAGUCUGUGAGCUGUAAUGUGACAGGUGUUCCUGCAAGCAUUGUGUAAUGUGACAGGUGUUUCUGCAAGUAUUGUGUAAUGUGACAGGUGUUUCUGCAAGCAUUGUGCAAUGUGACAGGUGUUUCUGCAAGUAUUGUGUAAUGUGACAGGUGUUUCUGCAAGCAUUGUGCAAUGUGACAGGUGUUUCUGCAAGUAUUGUGUAAUGUGACAGGUGUUUCUGCAAGCAUUGUGCAAUGUGACAGGUGUUUCUGCAAGUAUUGUGUAAUGCGACAGGUGUUCCUGCAAGCAUUGUGUAAUGCGACAGGUGUUCCUGCAAGCAUUGUGUAAUGUGACAGGUGUUCCUGCAAGCAUUGCAGUUGUUGCAGUAUGUAGAUGUGUUUAGCUGUAGCCGAAUUUGUGUUGAUUGAUUGUGAUUAAUGAUCAACAGUGUUACUAGUUUAUAUUGUGCUUCAUUUGCUUUUGCAACAUAAUUCGCAGUACUUGACAUUUUUCAUUCACUAUGCAUGUCAUUGUUUUCUGGUCACAAAGACGUGUUAGGUUUGCAGUUCCAUCUGCCGAUAACUAGUGCCAGCAUAGUUGUCAGUGGGAAAUUGUUCUUUUUCUAAAUUAAUAAAUUUGUAAUUAUUAUUACA